CGUUAUUAGUAAUAUUUAUUAUUAAACUAUUCCAAAAAAUGCAUAUAUCUAUACAAUUCUAUAGUUUUUAGUGAUAUUUUUAGUAACAUAGAUAAAGUAAUGUAAAGAGAUAUAUUGUUUUUGUUGUAUUGUAAAUUCACUCCGUCUAUGACGCUUUGAGCAAUGUUCACUGAAAAUUAGCAAAUAUUUACUGCUAUAUAAAUAAUGCAUAUUCAUUUGGAAAGAACGAUGAAGCGUUAAGCUAACUGAGCUACUAAUGUGUCUCUCUGUUUUCUUUGUAUGGGAAGAGUUAUUCUUUUAAAAAAGAAUCUCUUUUUUCAUGAUACGUUUGUACGGCCCCUAUUCUUCGUUUCUCUUCUUUCUUUGCUAUUUGCAUUUACCGUAUUCGUUGUUGUCAUUAAUCAUUAAAAUAAUCAUAUAUCUCUUAUCUUUAGCAUGGGAAUACAUUGAGAGGAGGUAUGCAUAUGCGUACGAAAACGCAAAAAUAACCCUUAGCCGGUCGACCAUAUUCGUUUAAUUUGUAUAAAUUCAUACUAUUCAAAAACGAUUUUCUAAUAUGAUAUAAUAUUACAUUGUUAAGAUUGUUUAUUAAAAAACAAUCUUGAACACUGCUUGAACGAGACAGCGCCCUUUUCAAUAAAAAAUUCAUAUUAAACAUUCUCUUUAAUUUCGCUCACGAAAUUUAGCUAUUUUGUUGUUUUGAUUAAUUAUGAGAAAAUUUUGCAUUUUUCUUCUUGAGUUAUAGCAAUAAACCCCUCAUUAAUAUAUGUUUGGUAUUAUCGAUCAGUCAUACGAUAAGGGUUAGGGAAUCUGCCUAAACAGAAAAAGUGUUAGUCAUAAUACACUAGAGAAGAAAGAGAAAAAAUUGAGAAAGAGAAGAAAAUAACGAGGAAGGAAGAAAGAGAAGAAUAAAGGAGACUUCAAUGCGGAAAAAUGGAGGAAACUAGCCGAAAAGAAGUACGUAAAGCCAGUUGAUAUUUUCUAAAAAUUAUGGAUACAAUAUUAAUUGUUGAACGCUUGAAAUUUUCUCUUUAUUGUAAAAUUUCAUUGACCAAUAUGAAUAUAUUUUUCUAUCUAAAAUCAAUACAGAAUGGAAAAACGAAUGGCCACGUUAACUUUGGUUUUAUAAAAGAAGAGGAAUUUGAAGACGUACAAACUGAUAAAUGUUGCGAAAAUAUUCCCGAGGGCGUAGGCGAUAGUGGGCGCAAAGAGGAAGAAGAUGGAACAUCAAAGGAUCUACAUAAAUUCAACGAUGUAAACAAUAAUAAUAUCGGUAGUGGGGGCUUGUAUACGAAAAACAGAUCAUCUUCUGUAUCGUCAAGUAGGAAGAAGAGAAAAUCCUCUAAAAAGCGUAAGAGUAGAGCAUCUGAGACAUCGUUUUCGGAUUACGAAGAUGUAAAAGAUAAGCCAUGUCUUACAGCUCAUUCUUUAGCUCUUACAGCUGAUUAUGGGAAAAAGAAAAGUUCAAUCCACGACCAUAACAUCAGACUAUCGCAUGAAUUUAGAAUAAGUUUAGGUGAUUUAGUACGUUCAAGAGCGAAAUUUGGAGGGUCACGGCGUAAUUUGAAGGAAAUCUGGAUAUUAUUGGCCGUUGUCUGCAGUCUAUUAGUAAUAAUGGCUAUUGUUAUUCCUGUUAUAUGGAUAAAAGAAGAAGACUCAAUGAACGUUACAAACAGCACAAAUAAUGCAAAUCAUACAUCAAGUUAAUAAUAGUAAAAAUAUUUAGUAAUAAAUGCAAAAAUGAAAAGAUGGCGCCAUCGUACAGAUCUAUUUAUUACAUAAUUAUAAGGAUUUGUUUUUGUUAUUAUAUUAAUAUUUUAUCGUUGUUGGAGAAAAAUCUUGACAAUUUUUAAUUAAAAUAGAAAUAAAUUAAAUUAUACAGAAAUAGUUAUCCUUUUCAUCUUUCCGGUAAUCUCUUUUAUCUAUUACUUUCCCUUUACCUUUCGUUUUAUGCGCAAAAAUUCGGAAAGAGACUGCACUAUUUAAAGUAUUUUAUACAUAUAUAAAGUAUACGCAUACGCAG